CUCCUCAUUCCUCUCAUUUCAUUCACUCCUUUCAUUCUUGCAGACCUAUUCUGCUACUUUCGCCCUUUCCUUUCUUUUGAUUCAAUCGAUUCGUUUGCAAUGAAGUACGGCAAUUACCUCAAGGAGCGUAAGCUACAACUGCCAGAGCAGUGGCAGCAGGUCUUUAUUGACUAUGAAGGCCUCAAGCAAUUCAUCAAGGAAUACAUCGCCCCUGCCUGCCUCAAACCCACCCUUGCAAAUCAACUUGCCCCUACUUCUAUCACCUCGCCUGCUGCUCCCAUCAAUGGUCAGCCCAAUGGAUUCAAUCUCUCUUCAACAACAACCACUACUACUUCUACAACUGCAGUUGCUCAAGAAGAAUUUCAAGACUUCACAACCAUGAUCGCCUCUCGCCUGAUGAUCUUGCAGACCAAAGUCCCCGAGUUCCUCUCGAGAUUGGAUCAGCAGGUCAAUGGUGUUUCCGACUUUACUGCUUCAGAGACUCGAAAGAUAUAUGAAGCCUACGGUGUCUUCCAGAAUGGGAAGAUCGAUCUUGGUCUCGCUACAGCUUCGAAUGCUUCUCAUACGUCAGAAUCAUCAGGAUCAGGAGCAGCAGCACCAGGAAUAACAUCUGUCACAGGAGAGUCAUUGGAGACGCUGUUGCAGUCAGUGAUCAGACUUGAGAAGUAUAUAUUCCUUAAUUAUACAGGCAUUGUAAAGAUCAUCAAGAAAAUGGAUCGCCAUUCAGGAUUGGCAAUCAGUGAAUCCUAUCUGGGUCGUGUCUGGAGACUUCCUUUUGCGAGGGCUGAACAAUUGAGCUCACUCAAGAAGGAACUAAUGGAGAAACUGAGUGGCGGUCAACAACUUGACAACAAUAGCACCAUUGGACGAUCAUCAAUAACAGGUGAAGCUCCAUUCUCGCCUCACUUGGGUCUCAACUUCAAUGUAGACUCACCAGUGAUGAUGUGGCGUCCGACUACAUUAAAACCCACAGAAAAGACCUGGUUCCCGCCUGCUCCUUUACUCCCUCACCAACGUGUCUUGAUCUCGAUGAGCGGACCCCACGGAACCGAUAUUAUUGGCACACUUUUAGCCUGCGCAGCCAAAUAUGAAUGUGAGGUCGAGGAUUUCUCGUUUGCACGUCUAUAUCACAAUGUCACUUUUGCAAUCCUGAUCACGAUCAAGAACGAUGAUAUGGAUAUCUUCAAAGACCUGGCUGAAGCUGCCAAACGUUGGGACGCAACCUUGACAUUUGACAUUUUGGACUCGCUCAAGAAGGAUCCUCAUUUUGGAAACUAUGUUCCCCGUUCAUUGGAGGAUGCACCUUAUGAGGGUCGUCUAAAGUACACGGCAACGGUUCUUUGCCAACACGGUUUGACCUCUGCAUUCCUAUCAGAUUGGACUCACUUGCUGUUGGAGAAUAAAAUUUCGGUCGAGAAGAUGGUCCGCUUAAACGAAGGGCAACUCUCCUGUGCAGACUAUAAACUUUCUAUCCCCCCUGCUCUCCAAAUGGACAAGUUCAGAGAGUCUCUUUUCCAGCUCAGCGCUGCACAUGGAACUGAUGUGGCCUUGCAACCCUAUGAUGUCUUUAGGAAGCACAAGCGACUUGUCGUCUUUGAUAUGGACUCAACCUUGAUUCAGCAGGAAGUCAUUGAUGAAAUCGCACGACAUGCCGGAGUCAUGGACAAAGUCUCUGAAAUCACUGAAGCGGCCAUGAAUGGAGAAAUCGACUUUAAGGAAUCACUCAAGCGUCGCGUUGCACUUUUAAAGGGCACACCCGCAUCCGUUCUCGAAACAGUACGAGACCAGUUGACAUUCACAGAAGACGCCUUGUAUCUUUGCAAAGCCCUCAAGAAGAUUGGCUUCAAGCUGGCCGUCAUCUCCGGAGGGUUUAUGCCUUUGGCAUUGCAUGUCAAGAACAUACUCGGACUCGACUAUGCAUUUGCAAAUCAUCUCAAGGUUUCUCCUGACGGCCUCUAUCUGACGGGCGAAACUGUGGGUCCUAUUGUCUCAGGCGAACGUAAGGCCGAGCUGUUGGAAGUCAUUGCACAGGCAGAGUCCGUGACCCUGGAUCAGGUCAUUGCUGUCGGUGAUGGUGCCAAUGACCUUUGGAUGCUUGCCAAGGCUGGACUCGGCAUCGCCUUCAAUGCCAAGCCUAGGGUCCAACAGAAGGCUCGUGCUCGCAUCAAUCAAAAGAGUCUCAAAUAUGUUCUCUACUUACUCGGAUACGAAGAUGCCGAAAUUCGACAGUUGGCAAACUCGUAAAAAAGUAAAGAAUAAAAAUAAAAAUAAAAAUAAAAAUAGAAAUGGC